ACCACGCGUGCUAGUUCAUGAUAGCACGGUCACAGCAUCCACUCAUGCAGGCGCUGUUGAAUUGUAGCAGUUUUUAUACAUGAUCUUGCAACAGCCAGUAAGAGCCUCAAAAAGUUAUGUUGCCUAGUUACCGUCUAGAAACAAUAUGACGGCGCAGUGAAAGCAACAUGAGCGACCCUUUGAUCACCCUGAGUAAACCAUGCAAGGCCCGCAUUCCAACUAGUGGGAUCUUACCGGGAAUGCCGCAUACAGAAGGAGGAAUAUCGCUGAGAAGGUAGACAGAGGAAAAUAACGUAGCACUAAGCAAGCAUUUACGGCCACUUCAUCUUCACACAAGAAAACCAAACAAAAUUGGCUUCUAUGUAUUCAGAGCUGCAGAGGGAGCCAUCUGAUUUUGGAAGCAUUUUGUCCCAGCCUGACUAUCUUGAAGGAAACACUGAACUUAUUCAGCCCAAGAAACUCCUUAACCCCGUAAAGGCAUCCAGAAGUCACCAGGAGCUCCACAGAGAAUUACUCAUGAACCACAGAAGAGGUCUGUCAAUUGAUAAUAAGCCAGAGUUGCAGAGAGUGCUGGAACAUAGGCGACGAGACAAAAUCAUUCAGCAGAAAAAAGAAGAAGACGAAAUCAAGAAGCUCCAGUCUCCGUUCGAGCAGGAACUGCUAAAAAGGCAACAGAGGCUAGAACAGCUUGAAAAAGAACAAGAGGAAAAUAAAGAAGAUGAACACGCACCAGAAUUUAUUAAAGUGAAAGAAAAUCUGAGAAGAACGUCUACGUUACCCUCCGAAGAAAGAGUUGCAUAAAUACUGCCAAGAUUAAAUGGUGUAUCAUAUUAAGCUGGCAUUAUUGCAUAUACACUGGCAUUCCUGUACUGUGGUAGCAUUACAGCUAAGUGUACUCUAUUAAUCCUUGCAGGUGGUACAUUGUACUGAAAUGCUGAUCAACUCUUUGGCUACCAGAGAGGGCUGCAGAACAUAGUAUAUAGCAUCCUUCUCUAGCAGUCACGGGGUUAACAACUGCCUAUAAACAUAUCAGCAAUGUAAAUGCCCUGGCUUAUCAAAUAGCUGGUUAUGUUCAAAUCAUUUGUGGUAUUUGUUCUGCUAAAUGAUUGACUGCAACUCAGAAAUAACUAAUCAAAGCGGUCUCUAGGCUAACUGUCUGAAAUGUUCAUCACUAGUUUGGAUUUUAUCCCAUAAUAUAAAGCCUGUUCAGGCUGCAUGUAUCAGAAGUUCCAGGGGUAAAUAAAAAAAUCAAACCAAGUUCUCAUUAAUGAGAAAGCUUGUAGUGUUUGAAGUCAGUACUCUUUAUAAAAGCAUCUCUUUGGAUCAUUAAUUUAUUGAUCAUUUGUGUGUUCUCAGUUGAUGAUCUUAAGGUUUGCAUAUACAUUUAUGUCUUUUAAACUAACAAAUAUUAUAUUUCCUAAAAUUGCUCAGUGGCACAGGGCCAGGUUUAGCUGUGGUUGCAGAGUACCCCAUAUACUGUUCUAACCUCAAAAGGGGAUGUUUGAUGUUUUUAGUUCCAAUUUUUCUUGGGGUCACAAAAACCAUGGCACAAAUUGUUAGUUUUUUUUCUGGAGGAUGCAAAAACUAGUUCAAAGGGUCACAUUUAGCCCUCAGGCCACCAAUUUGCCUUCCCUGAUCUAUGAGAUGUACUCAGAGUGUGAUACUCAAGUACUACAUUUUAAUUAAGCCCUAGAAAAUGUUAAACUUUAGCCAAUAUAAGAUCUUAGAUUGCUUUGAUAUAUAUAUAUAUAUAUAUAUAUAUAUAUAUAUAUAUAUAUAUAUAUAUAUAUAUAUAUAUAUAUCCCUAGUGUGAAGAGGUGACUCUAUGCAUAUUAAAUUUGUAGAGGAAUUUCAUAUAGUAAAUUGUGUUUAUAUUUUUUUAUAUUACAAUUUGCUAAUGUUAAAUAACUAUAGAGUAUUGUCUCAGGCAUAUAAUAUGGCCAAUAUUUAAAUAAGCCUUAAUCAUCUAAACAUUUAUCUUAAAGGGAGAUAGAAGUGUUGAAUUAAUGUUAAGUUGUUAACCUGUAAACUGGGAAUAACAUGUUGUAAAGUUAUUUUAAAAUGGCUUCUUGCUAGGCAAGGCAAGUCAAUUGGUUAUAAAAAGUUUGAUUAUUAAACAAGUAUGGAAAGAACAAAGAUAUCAUUUGCAUUUUAUUCCUACAAAGAAAGCAGCUAAAAUGAGUAGAUUCUAUUUUACUGAUUUUUUAUCAAGUGUUGUUUGUUCUAGUAUGUAAAAUAUACAAUGAAGAAAUACAAUGAAGAAAUGACCCAGUUAACAAGUUAAUGCAUCAGCUAAGUGUCUGCUUCCAAGUCAGUUUAAGGGACACUAAACCCAAAUUGUUUCUAUUGUGAUUCAGAUAAAGCAUGCAAUUUUAAGCAACUUUCUAAUUUACUCCUAUUAUCAAAUUAUUUUCAUUCUCUUGGCAUCUUUAUUUGAAAUGCAAGAAUGUAAGUUUAGAUGCCGGCCCAUUUUUGGUGAACAUACUGUGUUGUUCUUGCUGAUUGGUGGGUAAAUUCACCUACCAAUAAACACGUGCUUUCCAUGGUUCUGAACCCAAAAAAUUGCUUAGAUGCCUUCUUUUUCAAAUAAAGAUAGCAAAAGAAUCAAGAAAAAUUGAUAUGCUCUAUUUGAAUCGCAAAAGAAAAAAAUUGGGUUCAGUGUCCCUUUAUAUUAUAUUAAGGCCAAAUAAUUUGAACCAAUAAGAGGCUGCAUCAUUGGAACUUACCUGGGGAUGUGCAAAAUACUUCAAUCAUUCAUUAGCUACCUUGUGUAUACAGAAGCUAGCUACCUGGUAGCAGGCACUUUAAAAAAAUAAAGUUAAAGGGAUAUGAAACCCUUUUUUUCUUCUUACAUGAUUCAGAUAGUGCAUGCAAUUUUAAGCAACUGUCUAAUUUUACUCCUAUUAUCAAUUUUACUUCAUUCUUUUGGAAUCUUUAUUUGAAAAAGCAGAAAUGUAAAGUUCAGCCACCAAUUAGCAAGCUAUACCCAGUUGCUGAACAAAAAGUCGGCCAGCUCUUAAGCUUACAUCCCUGCUUUUCAAAUAAAGAUGCCAAGAGAGCAAAGACAAAUUGAUAGUAGGAGUAAAUUAGAAAGUUGCUUGCUCUAUCUGAAUCAUUAAAGAAAAAAUUUGGGUUUCAUAUCCCUUUAACUUUUUUUUUCUUUCCAAAAGCAGACAAAAAAAUAAUUGUGCUAUUAAGUGCUGGGAUAGAAAUAAUGCAUUAAAUGUACUUAUUACUUCCAUGUCACGUUAGGGCAAGGCUAUCAGAAUGUAGCCAUGCAAGUAAAUAGAAAUAUUUUAACUGGUAUAAUAACAUACCAUUUAUUUUUAUAAAGAUAAAUAUAUAUUAGUUAAUAAUGAGUCAUUUGCCUUGAGGCAGAGCACAAUUUAUUUUUCCAUUAAACAGCCACAGACAUUAUAUUCUAUUACUAACUUUUUUUCUAAAUUGCCACCAAUGCCCUUAGAACAUUUCAUUGAUUACAGGCAGUAUUAAUUUCUUGAGUUGGUGCACAAACUGAAAAGUUACAAUUGCUUUUUAUAUAUAAAAUUGCUGUUUGCUUAUAAUAACAAGAUUCAUUUCAGUAUUAAAGACUGGGGGGAAAUUACUCUGCUGUAUCACGUUUCAUAUUAAUAUGUAAGUCAAUACAUGUACAGUUAAGCAUUUAAUUCUGUAUCAUAAUCCAAUCAUGUUACAUUUUUUUCUUUUAUCUUAGUGGCAUUUUGUAAAGGAUAUGUUAUUAAAGCAGUCAGGCAGAUUAUCUAAAGCUCUC